UGUAAACAAUACAGAUCUCUCCCCUGUGAGCUCCUGCACACUGUUUUGUAUAGCUGUGCAUAGCAGAAGCUAUACAAAGCAGUGUUCUUACAGUGAAACACAGCACACAUAGUGAAACAGCACACAGUUAACCCUUUGAUCGCCCCAGAUGGUAAUCCCUUCCUGCUCAGUGCCAUUAGUACAUUGCUCAGUGCUUUUUAUUAGCACUGAUCACUGUAUUGGUGUCACUGGGGAUCUCAGUGACACCAAAUCAGUUCCCCCCAGUGCCAGAAUGCCCGCCGCAGUCCCGCUAUAA